GGCUGGGCAGCAUUAAGAUAAAUAUCAACUGGCGGAAAUCUUCAAUAUGUGCUCUCUGAGGAUUGAAUGUGAACCUGAUAAUUGCUGUAAUUCCGCUAAAAGGCAAUGCAGCGCACCAAUGAUAAUUGAAUAGAGGCAUUAAUUGCGCUGUGGUUUGUUUGCCAUUCAAGCCGCACACACACACACACCAAGCACACCCACAUAACCACACACACGCACACAUCUAGAGGCAGAGACCUCUAUAGAUAUCAACAAGAAGGAUAAUCAAGUGCAGUUGCCAUGCAAACAAAGUCGAAUCCUUGCUGGUGGUGGUCAUGGCUACUGAUGCUGCUGCUGCAUCUGUCUGCCCACAUAAUCCACAUAUCGGGGUAUCUAAUCAUUGUGCAUGAGCAAACGCCGCCGGGCGCAGUCAUAUUUAAUGCGUCCGUCUACAAGCUCGGCUCGGAACGUCAUUAUAAAAUCAAUGCGCACAAGUCGGCGAACUUUGUGCAUCAUCUAGUCGCGGUCAGCCACAAGGAUGGCCAAAUCCAGCUAAAGAAAUCGCUCAAAUGCGAUGGCAUCUACUAUCCCAAUCUGUUUACCUUCUACGUGGACUCGACAUCGAAUCGCUUGAGAUCCAUUGACUAUUAUAGCCUGCCGGUGCGCAUCUUCAUCUCGGGUCACAGCUGCAAUGAGGAUCGACGCAUUGAGCAGGAGCUGCACCACUUGCAUCAUUUCGAGGAGGAGGACAACACCGGCUACUCCAAGCGGCGCCGGCGUCGCAGCACACAGCAGCUGCUCCUGCUCGAUGGCAAUCAGCUGGAGCUGGCCUACAGCCAGAACAGCACAGACUUUCGCGCCGGCGAUCUGAUCUUUGGCAAUAGCUUUGACAACGAGAUGCGCCAUCGCAUAUUGAGCAGAAAGCGUCGCGCCAUUGCCACAGAUCCGCUGCAGCUGCAGCCCGCGCUGCACAGACGCAUCUCCGAUGCCAAGCAGUGGAUAUCGGAGACAUAUGCCUCGUAUGCCAUACACACGACGGACAAGUGGAACCAGAUCUGUUUGCGCAAGUCGCAGUUCAUCAACAAUCUGAACGCCUUUCUGCCCAAGUCCGUAUGCCAGCACUGCAAGGUGAACUUCCUGGAUGUGAACGACGAGCGCUUUGCCAUUGAGCAUCAGAAUCGGGAUCUGGUGGCCAGCCGGGAUGUCUGCAUACAUGAGUCCAUGUGGAAGGUCAGCAUCACGUUCAACAUACGCUGCAACCGCAACGAUAUUGUCGACUCCGAUCAUCGCCUGAAGAUCGUCUAUCAUCAUCAGGAGUUUAACGAUACGGACAUUGCGAAGCGUGUGCGUCGCGAGCUCCGGAAUCAGUCGCCCUACUUCGAGCAGGCGCUCUAUGUGGCCUCCGUGCUGGAGGAGCAACCGUCGGGCGCUGCUGUCACCACGGUGCGUGCACGCGAUCCGGAGGAUUCGCCUGUGGUCUAUUCCAUGGUCUCGCUGCUCGACUCGCGCUCACAGUCCCUUUUCAAGGUAGACUCACGCACGGGUGUGGUUACGACCUCGGCCAGCCUCGAUCGAGAGCUCAUGGAUGUGCAUUACUUUCGGGUGGUUGCCACCGAUGAUAGCUUUCCUCCGCGUAGCGGCACCACCACCUUGCAGGUGAACGUCCUGGACUGCAACGAUCACAGUCCGACCUUCGAGGCGGAACAGUUUGAGGCGAGCAUACGCGAAGGUGCCACAGUUGGCUCCACGGUAAUAACGCUGCGCGCCACGGAUCAGGACAUAGGCAAGAAUGCGGAGAUUGAAUACGGCAUUGAAACGGUCACAGAUGGUGCAGGUGUGGCACAGGAUCAGGAGCUGCCCAUCUUUCGCAUUGAUUCACGCUCUGGCGUCAUCUCCACGCGCAGCAGCCUGGAUCGCGAGACCUCGGACAGCUACCAUUUGCUCGUGACCGCCUCGGACAUGGCCGCGGCGCAGAGCGAACGCAAGACCGCCACGGCCAGUGUGCUGGUAAAAAUCCUGGAUGACAAUGACAACUAUCCGCAGUUCAGCGAACGCACCUACACCGUUCAGGUGCCAGAGGAUCAGUGGGGCGAUGACAACAAUGUGGCGCACAUUCGCGCCACCGAUGCGGAUCAGGGCAACAAUGCGGCCAUACGUUAUGCGAUUAUUGGAGGCAAUACCCAGUCCCAGUUCUCCAUAGAUUCGAUGAGCGGCGACGUGAGUCUGGUCAAGCCGCUGGACUAUGAGAGCGUGCGAAGCUAUCGCUUGGUUAUACGUGCCCAGGACGGAGGCAGUCCCUCGCGCAGCAACACCACCCAGCUGCUGGUCAAUGUGAUCGAUGCCAAUGACAAUGCGCCGCGAUUCUACACCUCGCAGUUCCAGGAGAGCGUGCUGGAGAAUGUGCCCGUGGGCUAUAACAUCAUCCGGGUGCAGGCUUACGAUUCGGAUGAGGGCGCCAAUGCAGAGAUUAGCUACAGCAUUUCGGAGCGUGACGAUAAUUUCCCGCUGGCUGUUGAUUCACGCACCGGCUGGGUGCAGACCAUCAAGCCGCUGGAUAGGGAGGAGCAGAGUCGCUUUGCCUUUCAGGUGGUGGCCAAGGAUGGCGGUGUGCCGCCCAAGUCCGCCAGCUCCUCGGUGGUAAUCACCGUGCAGGAUGUGAACGACAACGAUCCCAGCUUUAAUCCCAAAUAUUAUGAGGCCAAUGUGGGCGAGGAUCAACCGCCGGGCACGCCUGUGACCACCGUAACAGCCACCGAUCCGGAUGAAGAUUCGCGCCUGCACUACGAGAUCAGCACGGGAAAUACACGUGGACGCUUUGCCAUCACUUCGCAAAAUGGACGCGGGCUCAUAACCAUAGCCCAGCCGCUGGACUACAAACAGGAGAAGCGUUUCCUGCUAACGGUGACCGCCACGGACUCGGGCGGACGCUCCGACACGGCCACAGUCCACAUAAACAUUACGGAUGCGAACAAUUUUGCGCCUAUCUUUGAGAAUGCUCCGUAUAGCGCUUCGGUUUUCGAGGAUGCCCCAGUGGGCACCACGGUGCUGGUGGUUUCGGCCACAGACAGUGAUGUCGGUAUCAAUGCACAGAUUACCUAUUCCUUGAACGAGGAGAGCAUCAAUGGACUGAGCAGCCCGGAUCCGUUUACCAUAAACGCACAGACGGGCGCCAUUAUAACCAGUGCAGCGCUGGAUAGGGAGACCACCAGUGGCUACCUACUCACAGUCACGGCCAAGGAUGGCGGCAAUCCCUCGCUCAGCGACACCACUGAUGUGGAAAUAAGCGUCACGGAUGUUAACGACAAUGCGCCGGCUUUCAAGAAUCCGCUUUAUCAAUCCUCCAUACUGGAGGAUGCGCUGGUGGGCACCUCGGUCAUACAGGUGUCGGCCAGUGAUCCGGAUAUAGGUUUGAAUGGACGCAUCAAGUAUCUGCUGAGCGAUCGUGAUGUGGAGGAUGGCUCCUUUGUCAUCGAUCCCACAUCGGGAACCAUACGCACCAACAAGGGCCUGGAUAGGGAGAGCGUGGCCAUCUACCAUCUGACCGCCAUAGCCGUGGACAAAGGCUCACCACCGCUGUCCAGCACUGUGGAGGUGCAAAUUCGCUUAGAGGAUGUCAACGAUUCGCCGCCCACCUUUGCAUCCGAUAAGAUAACGCUCUAUGUGCCCGAGAAUUCGCCAGUGGGUUCGGUGGUCGGAGAGAUACACGCACACGAUCCUGACGAGGGCGUCAAUGCGGUCGUGCAUUAUUCCAUUAUUGGGGGCGAUGAUUCCAACUCUUUUUCGCUCGUUACACGGCCCGGCUCGGAGCGCGCUCAGCUGCUGACAAUGACGGAACUGGACUAUGAAUCCUCACGCAAGCGUUUCGAGCUGGUGGUGCGCGCAGCGAGUCCACCCUUACGAAAUGAUGCACACAUUGAGAUUCUGGUCACGGAUGUGAAUGAUAAUGCACCGGAGCUGCGCGACUUCCAGGUGAUCUUCAAUAAUUUCAGGGAUCACUUUCCCAGUGGGGAGAUCGGACGCAUUCCCGCCUUUGAUGCGGAUGUCAGCGACAAGCUAAACUAUCGCAUUCUGUCCGGCAACAAUGCAAAUCUCCUGCGCCUGAAUAGCAGCUCCGGCGGACUGAUACUGAGUCCUCAGCUGAACACGAAUGUGCCCAAGUUUGCCACAAUGGAGGUUUCCGUUUCGGAUGGCAUCAACGAGGCCAAGGCCAUCAUGCAGCUAUCUGUGCGCCUGAUCACGGAGGAUAUGUUGUUCAACUCGGUGACGGUUCGACUGAACGAGAUGACUGAGGAGGCGUUUCUGUCGCCGCUGCUAAACUUCUUCCUGGACGGCCUGGCUGCCAUUAUACCCUGUCCCAAGGAGAGCAUCUUUAUCUUUAGCAUACAGGAUGAUACGGAUGUCACCUCACGCAUACUCAACGUUAGCUUCUCCGCCAAGCGACCGGAUGUCUCCCACGAGGAGUACUACACGCCGCAGUAUCUGCAGGAGCGCGUGUAUCUCAAUCGUGCGAUUCUCGCCCGCCUGGCCACCGUGGAGGUGUUGCCCUUUGAUGAUAAUCUCUGUGUGCGUGAGCCUUGUCUGAACUUUGAGGAGUGCCUCACGGUGCUGAAGUUCGGCAAUGCCUCGGAGUUUAUACACAGCGAUACGGUGCUGUUCAGACCCAUUUAUCCAGUUAACACCUUUGCCUGCUCCUGCCCCGAGGGCUUUACGGGCAGCAAGGAGCAUUAUCUGUGCGACACGGAGGUGGAUCUCUGCUAUUCGAAUCCCUGUGAGAAUGGUGGCAGCUGCGUGCGUCGCGAAGGCGGUUACACCUGCGUCUGUCCCGACUCGCACACGGGCUCCAAUUGCGAGACGAGCAUCAACAAGUUGCGUGCCUGCAACUCGGAUGCCUGUGAUGGAGGUUUGUCCUGCAUGAACAACUACCUCAGCUCACAGCCGCCGCCCUACACGGCCACUUGUGAGCUGCGUGCUCGUUCCUUCUCCCGCAACUCCUUCCUGACCUUCGAGAGCCUCAAGCAGCGGCAUCGCUUUAAUGUCAAGCUGCGCUUUGCCACGGUCCAGGACAACGGGCUGUUGCUUUACAAUGGUCGCUACAAUGAACUACACGACUUUAUUGCACUGGAACUGCUGGAUGGACACAUUGGCUUCUCCUUCUCCCUGGGCGAUCGCAGCGAACGCGUUGCCCUCGUCCAACCCUCGAAGGUGUCCGAUGGCAAUUGGCACGAGGUGGAGAUCAUCUACUUCAAUCGCACUGUGACCCUCGUGCUGGACAAAUGCGACACGGCCAUUGCCUUGUCCGGGCAGCUGGGCGCUCCUUGGAACUGUGCCAAUCAGACCACGCUUCGGCUGGAUAAGCGCUGUGCCCUGCUCACCGAGACCUGUCAUCGUUUUCUCGACCUCACCGGGCCGCUGCAGGUGGGCGGUUUGCCCCGCAUACCCGCCCACUUUCCGGUGGCCAAUCGUGACUUUGUGGGCUGCAUUUCGGAUCUGCGCAUCGAUGAGCGCUACGUGGACCUCAAUUCGUAUGUGGCGGACAAUGGCACCAUUUCCGGCUGUCCACAGAAGUCGCCGCUGUGCGCCUCGGUGCCGUGCUUCAAUGGCGGCACCUGUCGCGAGGGCUGGAGCACCUACACCUGUGACUGCCCCGAGGGCUAUGCGGGCAACAAUUGCCAGGAUAACAUACCCGCACCGUGGCGUUUCUCCGGCGAUGGCAGCCUCAGCUUCAAUCCGCUGCUGCGUCCCAUACAGCUGCCCUGGCUAACAUCCUUCUCGCUGCGCACGCGCCAGGAGGACGCGUUCCUCAUGCAGAUACAGAUUGGCCAGAACAGCUCGGCGGUAAUUAGCCUGAAGCAUGGCGUGCUCUACUACAUCUACGACAACGAGCCCAUGUAUCUGGCCGGGGCCUAUCUCUCGGAUGGCGAGUGGCAUCGCGUGGAGAUCAAGUGGCAGCAGGGUUCCGAAAUACAGUUCUCCGUGGACUAUGGCCAGCGCACGGGCUCCGUGCCCAUGUCGCAAAAGGUGCAGGGUCUCUAUGUGGGCAAAAUUGUGAUGGGCAGCGUGGAUGGCACUAUUGGCACCGUCCCGGAUGCUGUGCCCUUCGAGGGCUGCCUCCAGGAUGUGCGCAUCGGAGCGAGUCAGUCGGUGCUCUCGCGACCCACCAUACGCGAGAAUGUCGAGGAUGGCUGCGAGUCGCGUGCCCAGUGCCCCAGCAGCUGUCCCGCCCACUCGAGCUGCUUCAACAGCUGGGAUCGUGCCACCUGCGAGUGCAGCGCCGGCUACGUGGGCACCGACUGUGCACCCAUCUGCACGGUUCAGCCCUGCGCCGCGGGCAUCUGCCGCGCCAAUGUCAGCCUCUCGCGCGGUUACAGCUGCGAGUGCAACAGCAGCUACCAGCACGGCGACUACUGCGAGCGCACCCUGCAGCAGCCGUGCCCGGGCGGCUGGUGGGGCGAGCGCGUCUGCGGACCCUGUAAGUGCAACAUCAAGCAGGGCUAUCAUCCGGAUUGCAACAAGACGACGGGCCAGUGUUACUGCAAGACCAAUCACUAUCAGCCGCCCAAUGAGACCGCCUGCCUGGCCUGCGAUUGCUACUCCAUAGGCAGCUUCAAUAGCGCCUGCAACCGGCUGACGGGCCAGUGCGAGUGCCGCGAGGGUGUCAUCGGGCGGCGCUGUGACUCCUGCUCGAAUCCCUAUGCGGAGGUUACGCUCAAUGGUUGUGAGGUUGUCUACGAUGCCUGUCCGCGCUCUUUUGCUGCCGGCAUUUGGUGGCCUCGCACACCGCUGGGCAGUGUGACCGUCGAGAACUGUCCGCUGCCGGCUCGCGGCAAGGGUCAACGGAGCUGCGACAGCCAAACGGGCAGCUGGAGCACACCAGAUAUGUACAACUGCAGCUCGGAGCCGUUUGUGGAGCUGCGCCGGCAGUUGUCACAGCUCGAGAAACUUGAGCUGGAGCUCAACUCGUUUGUGGCCAUCAAAAUGGCCGAACAGCUGCAGCACGCCUGCGAGACUGUGGACCGCAGCGCAGUUACUAAGCCGCCAGCGCCAAGGCACAACAGAAGAUACAAAAUGGAAUCCUCGUUCCUGUUGAAUGCCGGCGGCUCCGUCUGGUCGCAUGAGCUGGACAUGGACUAUCUGUCCGAUGAGCUUAAAUUCUCGCAUGAUCGUCUCUAUGGCGCCGAUCUCUUGGUCACGGAAGGCAUACUCCAGGAGUUGAUUAACUACGAGCUUAUGCAAAGCGGCCUCAAUUUGACGCACAGCCAGGACAAGUACUUCAUCAAGAAUCUAGUAGAUGCUGCGAGUGUAAUUCUGGAUCGCAAAUACGAUGCCGAAUGGAAGCGGGCCACGGAGCUGAUCCAACGCGGACCCGACGAUCUCGUGGAUGCGUUCAACAAGUACAUGGUCGUCCUGGCACGCUCCCAGCACGACACCUACACGAACCCCUUUGAGAUUGUGCAGCGCAAUAUGGUGCUGGGUCUGGACAUCGUCACCACCGAGUCGCUGUUCGGCUACGAGCCGGAACAGCUCAGCGAGUACCACAAGACCAAGUAUCUCAAGCCCAAUGCCUUCACCACGGAGAGCGUCGUGCUGCCGGACACAAGUGGCUUCCUGCAGCACUCGGCCAAACAGAAGCCGGUCAUCAGUUUUCCCAAGUACAACAAUUACAUUCUCGAUAAGCACAAGUUCGAUAAGCAUUCCAAGGUGCUGGUGCCGCUCGAAAUGCUGGGCAUAACGCCGCCGGAGAGCGAUGAAGUAACCCAGGGCAGUCGCGGCAACGACUAUCGCGCCAUUGUGGCCUAUGCGCAGUACAAGGAUGUGGGCCAGCUGCUGCCGGAUCUGUAUGAUGAGACCAUCACACGUCGCUGGGGCGUUGAUGUUGAACUGGCCACGCCCAUUCUAUCGCUACAGAUACUGGUGCCAUCAGCGGAGCGGGAACAGCAGCGUCUGGAGAUUCCCUCACGUAAAAUAUCCUCAGCAGCCGCAUCCUCUGGCUCCUCGGGCUCUACAUCCUCCUCAUCAUCUGGAGUUUCCUCAAUCAGCUCGAGCAGUAUUCGCUCUGGCUCUGGCAGCACGGAGCAGCAGUUUGUCGAGGUCUUUGACGUGCCCAAGGCUCCAACCAGCAGCAGCGAGCAGCAAAUCGAGGACAUACGCAUCACAGCUCACGAGAUUCCACCGCCAGCAAGUGUGGAGCAACAGGAGGCGAAUAGCAAUGAGGCUGUGGAAAUAGAAGAUCCGCACAUAAGGCUUAAUCUCGAUGACAUUGAGUUCCAUGGCAACUCUGGCGAGGAGCUAAGCGUUGACUCACCCGAACAGUUGAAUCCCAACUAUGAGGGAAAUCCGGACAGCAGUGAGCAGUCCAAGGGCGAGAAUGAGGCCAUCUAUCGGGAUCGCAGGCUGGUCAAGCGUCAGGUGGAGGUCAUCUAUCCCUCCGAGCAGCUGCAGAAGCCUCAGCACAUGGUCUAUCGUUCGCUCGGCUCGCCGCAUCUCUCGCAGCCCAUCAAGUUGCAGAUGUGGCUGGACAUGGACGCAGCUCGCUUUGGGCCACGCUCCAAUCCGCAGUGCGUGCGCUGGAACUCCUUCACCAAUCAGUGGACCCGACUCGGUUGUCAAACCGAAAUACCCGACUUCGAUGGUGACUUUGCUCAGGUCUCGCAUCUGCCCAUUUUGAUCAACUGCAGCUGCACGCACAUCUCCAACUACGCGGUCAUCGUGGACAUUAUUGAUCCGGAGGACAUACCCGAACCUUCGCUCCUCGUACAGAUCACCUCGUACUCGGCUUUCAUGGUAUCCCUGCCCCUGUUGCUGGGCGUGCUGCUUGCCUUGGCCCUGUUGCGCGGCCAACAGACCAACUCGAAUACAAUUCACCAGAACAUUGUGCUCUGCGUCUUCUGCGCCGAGCUACUCUUCUUUGUGGGCAUGCAGUCGAGGCGUAAUCUCCUGGAGAACGAGUUCCCCUGCAAACUGAUUGCCAUCUGCCUGCACUACUUCUGGCUGGCUGCGUUCGCGUGGACAACGGUCGACUGCGUGCAUCUCUAUCGCAUGCUCACCGAAAUGCGCGAUAUUAAUCAUGGUCCAAUGGGCUUCUACUUUGCCAUGGGCUACGGUGCGCCUGCUGUUGUUGUCGGUCUCUCCGUCGGCGUCCGAGCGCAUGAGUAUGGAAAUAGUUUAUUCUGCUGGUUAUCCGUUUAUGAGCCCGUCGUCUGGUGGCUGGUGGGUCCCAUAGCUGGCAUGUCGGUGGUGAAUCUAUUGAUACUCUUCGUUUCGGUGAAGGCGGCCUUUACGCUCAAGGAUCAUGUCCUGGGCUUUGGCAAUCUACGCACUCUGCUCUGGCUUUCGGUGGUUUCGCUGCCUCUCAUGGGCGUCAUGUGGGUGCUGGCUGUGCUCGCCGCCUCGGAGCACUCGCAGCUGCUGAGUUUGCUGCUCUCCGGGGUCGUGCUGUUGCACGCGCUCUUCUGCCUCAUUGGCUACUGCAUCAUCAACAAGCGAGUGCGGGAGAAUCUGCAGCGCACCUGCCUGCGCUGCAUGGGCCGCAAGGUGCCGCUGCUGGACUCUUCCAUGGUGGUUAGCAAUAGUUCGCACAACGUUAACGGCGCGGCAAGGCCCAACAACUUCCUGGCGAGCAACUACGAUACGGCUCGGCGUAAUAUAGGCAUCAGCGCCUCCAGCACCACAUCGCGCAGCACCGCCAAGACCAGCUCCAGUCCGUACAGCGACGGGCAGCUGCGGCAGACUUCCACAUCGACCUCCAACUACAACUCGGCCAGCGAUGCGCCCAGUUUUCUGCGUGGCUUUGAAUCCUCCACAACGGGACGCAGUCGCGGCGAGGAGAAGUCGCGUCGACAGCGCAAGGACUCCGAUUCCGGCUCCGAAACAGACGGACGCUCACUGGAGCUGGCCUCGAGUCAUUCUAGCGACGACGAUGAGUCCCGCACGGCGCGCUCUUCCGGCACACACCGCAGCACGGCCGUAAGUGCCACGCCCGCUUAUCUGCCCAACAUCACGGAGCAUGUGCAGGCGACAACGCCGCCGGAGCUGAAUGUGGUGCAGAGCCCACAGCUCUUCCCCAGCGUCAACAAGCCCGUGUACGCGCCACGCUGGUCCAGCCAGCUGCCGGACGCGUAUCUGCAGUCGCCGCCGAACAUUGGACGCUGGUCGCAGGACACGGGCUCCGACAAUGAGCACGUGCAUGGCCAGAAGAUGACCAUUUCGCCGAAUCCGCUGCCCAAUCCCGAUCUCACCGACACCAGCUACAUGCAGCAGCACCACAACAAGAUCAACAUGACGCCCUCCAUUCUGGAGAACAUACGCGAUGCUCGCGAUGGCUACGAGGACAGUCUGUACGGCCGCCGCACCGAUUAUCCCGAUAAGUAUGGCUCCUACAAGCCGCCCAGUCAUUAUGGCAGCGAGAAGGACUAUCCGGGCGGCGGUGCUGGCGCCAGUGGCUCGCAGACCAUUGGCCAUCUGCGCAGCUUCCAUCCGGAUGCGGCCUAUCUGAGCGACAACAUCUACGACAAGCAGCGCACGCUGGGCAGCGGCUACCUGGGCGCCAAAUCCGAAUCGCCGUAUCUGUCCAAGGAUCGCAUUACGCCCGACAUCUAUGGCUCACGCGAUGGCCACUACAGCCUGAAGCGUCAGCCCGCCUUUGCCACGGACUCGCUGCACUCGGUGCACUCGCUGCUGAAGAGCGACUACCAGCAGCAGCAGCAGCAGCUGGCGCAGCAGCAGCAGCAGCAGACGCACUCGGAUCGUUUGUCGGAGGGCUCGGACAAGAAUGGCUAUCAUUUUCCGUACACCGCUGAGGAGGAUCAUCUGCAGCAGCAGGCGCGCAAGCUGAGCGCUGGCCAUGCGCAGCCGCCGUCGCUGCACGGCUCCCAGCAGCUGCAUCUGAUGCAUCCGCAUGCGGCACUCGUCAACGACAUUAACAAUCCGGGCCUCCUGGCGCGACACACGCUUGCCGGCGGCGUCGUGGGCGUCGGUGGCAGCUCCAGGCACAGCUCGCGCGCCUCCUCCCCGCCCUCGAACAUGGUGGCACCGAUGCAGCCGCUCGGCCCGCUGGCCAGCAUUACGGACACUGAGCGGAAUAUUGAUGAUGAUGAGACCACAGUGUGACGACUGACGACUGCAAAGAGGCAACUGCAACAGAAGCAGCAGCAGCAGCAGCAGCAGAGACUGCAGCUGCAACUGCAACAGCGGCAACAAGCUGCAAAUCAGUUUGCAACAAUUCGACGCAAGCCGCAAUUCAAAAGGCAAACAAAUAUUUAAAUGUUUAAUUUUUAAGAGUUUGUGCUUUAAAUUUAAAUUGAAAAUUUAAAUAAUAUAUCGCUGGCCACACACAGACAUACACAGACUCACACACACACACUCACACACACACACACACACACACUCAAGUAGAUUGUGUGCUGCAUUUAUAAAUCCUGUACAUACCAUAAGACAAACUUGGACCGCAAUAAGCAGCUAUACACACACAUACAUAGGUAUUUACACUUACAUACAUAUAAAUAUACAUAUACAUAUUUUUUAGCAUUUAAUUAAUUUAUGCAAGCAACAACAAAUGGCAAAACUUGCAGAUUUGUAAUUUAAUUUAUACAUUAUAUAUAUUAUCAACAAAAGGUUAGCUAAUAAUUUAUGCAUUUACUUAGCUCUAUGUGUAUAAUACAUACAUUAACUUACGUAUACUUAACGUAUUAAAUAAAACUCAGACUGAUUUUAUGCAUUAUAUUUGGUAUGUCUUACAGUUAAGAAUUGCGUAAACAUGCUCAACACACACACAAACACACACACACACACACUCGAACACCCACAAAUGUUAGGCAUUUAAGUCAAAUUUGUCUACCCUGCAGCUAUAGAAAUGUUUUAGCCAGGGUAUUUAAGAGUUCUGCUAUAGAUAAUAAAUCUCGCGGUGUAAAAUAUUUAUGUAUAUUCAGCGGACGUAACGCUUGUUCGUCUGCAUGAACUAAUCAAAUGCAUUUAAGGCUAGUUUUGUAUACCCUGUACCCAGCAAAUGAACAGUAAGGGUAUCUGCAAGUUGUGCAAGACGACAUUGAUAAAUAAAUAUACAAAUAUUAGUUAAGCAUCUAGAUAAGCCACAAUAGUAUAAUAUAAUUGUUUUUCUUUUUUGCAUACCUGUCCAUUUUGUCUGCUUGAGCCCAUGGAUCUCAGAGGAUAUAGGAGCUAUGAACAUCAAAAUCGGUAAAUGGGAUCGCUUAAAUCUGCCUAAAACUAUUAUCUUUUGAUAUGCCGCUUAUCUUUUGUAAACCCAACAAAAUGCAAAUCAAAUACUCGAAGA